AUAAUAACCGGUUAAAAACACAGAUUAUCCGUAGUUUGCUCAUUGUUGAAAGCUGUAAGGUGACCCAUAGUUGCUUAAAUCAACGUUAUUUGGACUCUGUUGGGUAGUUGUUUCAUCCGUAAUCACAUCACAUCACAUCUCCUAAUUUUAUACAAAUGGCUGACCAUAUCACAGAAUUAAGGGCGAAAUGUUUAGAACGAGGAGCCAGUGGUAUACACGGCAUAAGCAGAACUUUCCGAAAUAUGGACGUCGAUCAUAGUAAUUGGCUAAGUCUUAAGGAAUUCGGAGAUGGCCUAAAGGACUUUGGCCUUAGCUUUCCCGAAAGUUCGGUAGAAGAGUUAUUUAGCUACAUUGACAAAGAUGGCCAACAUGGAAUUCUGUUUGACGAAUUCCUAGAAGCACUAAGGCCUCCUAUGUCACAGACGAGAAUUUCGAUCAUCAAUAAAGCAUUUGCCAAGUUUGACAAAGAAACUGGUGACGGAGUGAUUACCCUUGAAGAUCUUAGGGAUGAUUACAAUGUUGAGAAUCACCCUAGUUAUAAGAGUGGUUUCUUCACAAAAGACCAAGUUCUGAGCGAAUUUCUUCACGUGUUUGACAAGGGAAUUGAAGAUGGAAAGGUGACCAAAGAAGAAUUUACUAAUUACUACAGUGGCGUAGGUGCCAAUAUAGAUACAGAUGAAGAAUUUGUGAAGAUGAUGACAACUGCUUGGAAAAUUUAGCGAAAUUGUUGGACACGAAUUUCAAUAUUUAUUACCAAGAAUAGUUAUGAUUUGUUACUUAUACCACCAAAAAAAAAAAAAGGAUGGACGGCGGAAACCACAUGAUGAGAAUUGUUGUUAGGUGCAGCGUAUUUCUUACGUUUUUACGCGGACAGAGUAAUGAAAAUCAAACUGUUUAACUGUCCGUCUACUCAUUUGUCUGUUUAUUUGCAAUUCAUGUCCGACUUUGAACUUUAAAAUAUCAUAAAGGAUUUUUAUUUUUAUAAAAUGCUUUAAAUUACUGUUAAUUGAUAUCAGAAGCUGUUUCAUAAAGGUUUCAGUGAUGUCACACUUACGAAUUUAAACUUUACAUAUUAUUCCAAUAAAUAAGAUCCCUUCCAAAUCAUAUACUAGUACAUAAUUACAGCUUGAUUAAGAAUCUUAGAUUUUGAUUGUUUGAUAGCUAGUGUGAUUUGCAUGUUUUUUUCAAAUAUUAAGAAUUUUAUUCAUAUUUCAACAUCCCGGGUUUAUGCACAACGAUAUGCCUUUUGUUUUACUAACUCUGCCGCGGUUUUGCUAAAACGUAUAUGCAUUUUUUACUCCUCACUGAGCUACUUUUUCAUUUGUGCUCUUUAUAAAAUGCGGCUGGUUUUUUUUUACGGUUUGAGUAAAAAAGAAUAGUGGAAUUAAUUAGUAAAUGUUUAACUGAACUAUCUCUAUUAUUACCCAGUGUAAAUAAACAGAUAUAUCAUCGUCAGGAAGGGUAUUUGUGAGAAAAAUACUAGCCGUGAGAAGUACUUUUACCGCUAGGUAUUUUUUCAUAAUGCUCCUCCGAUAAUGAUAAAAAUCUGUUCAUAACCAUCUUCAUAAACACGAAACAGUUCUAGAUAACCCAUAUCAAAAAUUUCUAUCUUGUUUCCAGGUCAGAACUUUAAAACGCCUUCAAAGUGUGUCAUAAAUGACCGUCUCAGAAGAUUAAAUUGGUUUUAAGUUUUAACACCAAUAUGUUUUUUUAUAGGUGUUUCCACCACUUAAGUGGAUGUCAUAAUUUUCAUGAAUAAAGUUGGUUACAUUUUGAUAGGUAAAUUUCAAAAAUUUAUUUAAAUCGUGUAAUAAAGGAUCAUUGAAGGGGGCCAGGGUUUCAUGUUAUUAAUGUACGCUCAACAUCUUUAGUUAUUUAAUGUUAUUAUAGAUAAGUAUACUCAUUUUAUAUCAUCGUUUCAAACAUAUCAAUUUGUUAUUAACACUGUAUAAAUCGUCAUGUAUAGAAUAAAAUUAAAAAAAAAAAAUUAUCAGUGUUAGAUAUUCAUA